UUCCUGAUUCUCUGAGGUGUAAGAAAAUGAUUUGUGGUACAGCAAGAUAUGCUACAGAAUUCUCUAUUAAGUUCCUUGUGGCUAUAUUUUCACACGGCACCCAGACAUUCCUGCCAAAGCCAUGCACAGAAGCUUCUUUCCAAAAAGUGUCCGUGAGUAGAUAUAAACAUAGUGUCCUUGAGAAUGGACACUUAAUGACAGACUGGAACAAGGAUGGGGAGAGUGAAGGCCAUCAAAGACAUCCGGGGACUCCCAUUCCAGAGAAUGAUUAUGAAUGUAAUAAAAAUGGGGAGGUCUUUGAUCAAAGCACCAAUCUUAUUACACACGAGAGUAUCCUUAAGGGAGAGAAUCCUUACAAAUAUAACAAAUGUGGGAAAAUUCUUAACCAGUCCUCCCAUGUUGGUGAUCAUCAGAGGACUCAUGUGGGAAAAAACCAUAACCUAUGUAAUAAACCUGGGAAUGUGUUUGGUCAUUCAUCAAACUUAAAUACACAGAAGACAAUUAGUACUAGAAAGAAAACGUGUAUAGGUGAUGAGUGUGUCAAAGCCUUUGACCACCAGCAAAUGCAUAUUGAUCAGAAACCUUACAAAUGUGAAAAAUGUGGCAAGACCUUUAAAUUUUGCUCAACCCUUACUCAACAUGAGGUAAAUCAUACAGGAGAGAAGCCAUACAAAUGUAAGGAAUGUGGAAAUGUCUUUAACCAGCUGUCAACCCUUAAAGAAGACCACAGAAAUCGUACUGGAGAGAAACCUUACCAAUGUAGAGAAUGUGGCAAGGCCUUUAACAAACACUCAAUCCUUACUCAACAUCACAGAGUUCAUAGUGGAGAAAAAUGUUACAAAUGUAAAGAAUGUGGCAAGUCCUUUACCCAUCCCUCAGGCCCUAGUAAACAUCACAAAAUCCAUACUGGGGAGAAACCUUACCAAUGUAAGGAAUGUGACAAGGCCUUUCACUGGCCCUCAGACCUUAUUCGACAUCAGACAAUCCACACUGGAGAGAAACCUUACCAAUGUGAAGAAUGUGGCAAGGCCUUUAACAAGCACUCAAUCCUUACUCGACAUCACAGAAUUCAUACUAGACAGAAACAUUGCCAAUGUAAAGAAUGUGGCAAGGUCUUUACCCGACCCUCAGACCUUACCAAACAUUACCGAAUCCAUUCUGAGGAGAAACCUUAUGAAUGUAAAGAAUGUGGCAAGGCCUUUAAGUGGUCCUCAGCCCUUAAACAACAUCAUCGAAUCCAUACUGGCGAGAAACCUUACCAAUGUAAAGAAUGUGGCAAGCUCUUUACCCAGCCCUCAAACCUUACCAAACAUUAUCGAAUCCAUACUGGAGAGAAACCUUACCAAUGUAAAAAAUGUGGCAAGGCCUUUACCCAGCAUGUACACCUUACUGAACAUCACAGAAUCCAUACUGGAGAGAAACCUUAUGAAUGUAAGGAAUGUGGCAAGGCCUUUAACUGGCACUCAGGCCUUAUACAACAUUAUAGUUUUCAUACUGGAGAGAAACCUUAUGCAUGUAAAGAAUGUGGCAAAGCUUUUCACUGGCCCUCAGUCCUUAAUCAACAUCACACAAUUCAUACUGGAGAGAAACCUUAUGCAUGUAAAGAAUGUGGCAAGGCCUUUCACUGGCCCUCAGCCCUUCAUCAACAUCACAGAAUUCAUACUGGAGAGAAACCUUAGCAAUGUAAACCGUGUGGCAAGGCUUUUAGGUUCCUCUCAAUCUUUACAGAUCAUCACAAAACUCAUAUUGGAGUGCCACCUUACAAAUGAGAUAAAUGUGGCUAAACCUUUUACUGCCACAAAAGCCUUACCGAACAUCACUGAAUCCAUACUGGAGAGAAACCUGACCAAUGUCAACAAUGUGGCAAGGCCUUUACCCACCGCUCAAACCUUACUGAAUGUCACAAAAUCCAUAUUGGAGAGAAACCUUACCAAUGUAAACAAUGUGGCAAGCCCUUUAACUGGCACUCCUCCCUGACUGAACAUCACAGAACUCAUGCUGGAGAUGAACCUUACCAAUAUCAAGAAUGUGAGAAAACCUUUAAUUACUCUUCAACCUUUACUUAAUAGCACAGAAUUCAUACUGAAGCAAAUCUUCUAAAUAUUAAAACUCUGACAGAAUUUGUAAGGACUCCUCAACUCUUAUUCCACAUCAGAUAAUUCAUAUUGGAGAGUAAUGAUACCAUUUGGGAACAUGACAAGACCUUAAUGCAAUGCUAAACCCUGAUAUACUGGCGAUGUUUUCAUAAAUCAAAUUUGGCAAGCCCUUUAAUCAGUACUGAAGCCUCAUUCAACAUCAUGGAACUCAUACUACAGAGAAAACUUAAAAAUAAUGUGGUAAGACAUUUCAGAAUGCUCAAGAGUGAAAUUGUAAAAUGUAAAGAGUGGCUGCAUCUUUAACUGGUCUUCAGUCAUGACUCAGUAUCGCCAAAUGCAUACUUGGGGAUAAUGUAGGAAUAAGGAAAGACCUUUAUAGAUAUACACCUUAGAAGAUAUCAGCAUACAGAGAGGAAAGGAACUUGAAAGAUAUAAACAUUUAGAAAUGUAUUUACCUAAUCAACUGUCAAUAAAUGCCACAAUUCACAGUAGAAAGGAGUACAUGGGUCAUGCUAUUUGGACAUAAUUCUCCAUAAAAAUAUGAAACAUAAUGGGAUAAAACAAAGUUGAACACUUAGAUAAUGUAUACGCUGGUAUGCCUCAAAAUAUACAAGGGGUGAAUUUUUGCAUAGGAGUAAUAAAUUCCAAUGUUUUUGUUUUACCUUGGCCCUCUUUAAGAUGUUGACUACCAAGUAUUAAUGUAUUUCUGCUCUCAAAUCACCUCAGAAAAUCCGUUUAUUCCCAGUGGGUGUGUGAAAGUAUGCAGCUGAUUCUUUAUGCACCACAGACAUCCGAUGCCCUUCCUCCUUGGGUGGGACUCCUGUGUACCCAAUUUUCCAUGGAAGUAGGAAAGUAUGAUAUACGAUCUAUGAGAAAAAUCUAAGUGGGAAGGUUAUUUAUGCUUUAUAACAUUGAUGUAAGUUACUAACUAGGUGUUCAGAACAUCCAGGGACAUUCUUGUCCAUGUAUUAAAACUAAGAAAGGUUUCUAAAUGUUACAAAUAGAAUGUUUUGCUUACUGGUUUUUAAGGAAAAAGAGGUGGCAGUCCAGCCAUAUACUGAGGCAACUUCAUAACAGCAAUAGCUGGAAGUAGAGGCUAUCCGUUGAUGUGGUUGAAAUGAAGAAAUCUUCACGGAUAUCAGAAAGAGAAUAGCUAACUCUUCCCUAAAAUGGCAUUAGAUUAUACACUCAUAUUCUUUAAGAAUUAGUUCAGGCCUUAAAGAGUUUUAGUAUGCAAAAUGAACGUGUUAACAACUUAAAAUCGUUUUAUAAGAUGUCUCCUUUAAGUCUCCCAGUAAUCACAAAGUAAAAACCUGUAGCAGCUAAACAAGAGAGAAAGUAAUCCAAGUAUACCAUUCUUGAAAAUAAAAAGACAAAGAGCAAAUGGGUAAGAAAGGGCCCAAUAAUUCUAAAACAGCUAAAAACAUGAAAGGAAUGACAAGAGUAACUCCAUCCAUACCUGUUUCAAUACUUCCUUUAAAUAUAAAGGGCCUAAAUUCUCCAACAAAAGAUAUAUUGGCUGAAAGAAAAGAAGGACACACACUAACAAUAUGUGCUGCCUUCAAGUGACUCCCUGUAGCCACAGGAACACACUCAGGCUCAAAGUGAAGGUGUGGACAAAGAGCUUCCACGCCAAUGGGAAACAGAAGAAUGUGGGGUAGCCAUGCUUACAUCAGACUAAAUAGACUUUAAGCCAAAGACUGUAAGAAGACACAUUGGACGUUCUUAUAAAAUAGAGGGGUCUUUCGGCAUAUGGUGUUUGUCAGAAGGGCAAUAAUGUUUUUCUCCUCAUUUUUGUUUGGGAAGGACACAAGAGUGUGUACGUGUAACUCAUCUCAUGUUGAACACUUUUAAAACCAACACGUUUUUCCAUAAACGUUGGGGGUGUUUGUGCAGGUACCUGAAUUGUAGCUUAUGUAAUGUUUAUGUACAUCUGUAUCUUAGGAGUCCCCUUACUGGCUAGUUGAUACUCAGAAACCUAUUCCUGUGAUUUGAGGAUGCGGAGGGGUUGGGGGUGGGGGGAGAAGCCUGACACUUUGAGAAAGACCUGUUGCUUUGAGGUUUUGAUGAGUGUGGGGAAAUAUUGUUGAAAUGAAAAUCUUGGUACUCUACUGUAACAAGUCUUCAGUAGUUUAUCAAAACCAACUGGUAGAGGCUAAUAAAUCUUUUCCACAGUA